AUGUGUUACGACAUAGGAUGCAUGCCGCAUGUUAACGCGUUAAGAUGGUGUGAAAUCGAAUUGUCAUGUGUUCAACACCAAUUUGAGUGGACGCUUCCAGAAAAGAUUUAUUCACACCAAGGAUUGAAGACCAAGAAGACCCAUCAGUCGAAGGUUGAGGUAUUAAACAAAUCAGGAAGAAAAGAAGCCUAUCAGAAAGAGGAGAGAAAGCUACAUCGAAUGACACCCUGGCUGCUAGCCGUUUAUUGUUCUUGUGCUAAAUGGAACGACUGUGAUACCUGCAUACUCUCCGUGUUCAGUUUUGCGGACCAUCAAAUGGAUAAAGUAAAAGGGGAUAGGCUGAAGCAAGUCUGUAAUCUUGUGAGCACACACGUCGGAGACUCCAAGCCUCUAAAAGUAUGCGACACGGUCUUAAGGGAAGUUGUUGCCAAUAAAGCGAUUUUCCGGAAGAUGCAGGAAUACAAAGCGAAAGGACUGAAUAUGAAAUGGUUUUGUGCCGAAGAAUUGUCAAAACCCUACUGUACGUCCAAAGUUCCACAAUAAUUCACUUAUGUUGCUUUUUUGCAUUUGAAUUGCGGUUAAUAAAGACGGCAUUUUUGUAGGCAAAAUAAAAUUCCUCCC